AUGACCACUACUACAAGAACAAGGCCCAAGCGGAAGCUGUCGGGAUCGUCUCCCGUGACCUUGAAGAAGCAGAAGCAGAAACAGACUACGCUCUCGUUAGCUACUAAGAUACCGCAACAGCCGUCUACAGAGAUGGAAGAUGCAGACCCAGACUUCUUCCGCAAGCAGCUGGAGCGCAUCUCAUCACACCCGUCUCUGACGCCUUACAGACGACGGGUCUAUCGAACCCUGCUCUCGGUACCCAAGGGCCAAUGGACGACCUACGCUGUACUAUCCGCCCACCUCUCUUCCUCUGCACGGGCAAUAGGUAACGCGAUGAAGACCAACCCCUUUGCGCCCGAGGUGCCCUGCCAUCGCGUUCUGGCAUCAAACCGCACCAUUGGCGGGUACAAGGGUAGCUGGGGCAACGGGGGAUCUUAUGCGGUGGAGAAGACGAAGCUGUUACGUGGCGAAGGGGUAGUCUUUGAUGGGAAAGGGAGGGCAGGUGGCGAGAUCUUUACUCAGUUUGUCGAUAUGGGCGAGGUGUUGGACAGUAAGAAGACAUCAGCAGCGGACGCAUCAUAG